AUGGAAAAAUUUAAGCGAAGGGAACCAAGAAGCACCAGUUUCCUGAAUAUUGGCAAUCCGUUGUCAGCCAAAAUUCGAGACGAACCCUUCCCUCUGAACUAUAAAACACCCCAGCUCGACGAUUAUAAUGGAACCGGAGACCCAAUCACCCACCUGAGUUGUUUCCAGGUAGUCAUGAUGGUACAAAGCCUAUCUGAGGCGGCGGUUUGCAAAUUAUUCCCAACUACUUUAAAAGGACCAGCGGCGAUAUGGUACCAAAGCUUAAAAGAAAGGUCAAUAAGAAGCUUUGACGAGCUGUCUAGAGCUUUCCGAACUCACUUCGCGCCGAGCAUACAACGAAAAAAGAAGUCCAGCGACCUCAAACUGUGUUAUCAAAAACCGGGAGAAAGCCUUCAGAGCUACAUAGGACGGUUCAACGUUGAAGCAGUAGAGGUGGGAAAUCUUAAUGACGACACAGUCAUCGAUGCAAUGAAAGACAACACAACUAUGACGGCGUUCCGAGACAACUUGAUCACAAACCCGGUGCAAACUUAUGCCCAACUCAUGGAUCGGGCGUGGAACUACAUAAAUCUAGAUGAGGAGCAGCGGAGAAAGGCAGCCCAGACAACAAGCCAAAUUCCAACACCAAGGCCAGUUUUCAACCAACACCACCGGUCAGACAGGUUCGACUCAAGGGAACAGCGUCAACCUCCACCACCUCGGAUAGAAACGCAUUGA